AUGAACGAGACUUGGGGUUGGUGUACCCUGGUGGAUGUGUACCCGGAGCAGCAGACCACAGCGGGCAGGAAGACCUAUGCCAUGGUGUCUGGCCACUCACCCAAUCAUUCUCUGGCCUCAGAACUGGUGGAGUCCAGCGAUGGACAUGAGGAGAUCAUUAAGGUGUACUUGAAGGGGAGGUCUGGAGACAAGAUGAUCCAUGAGAAGAUUAACCAGCUGAAGAGUGAGGUCCAGUACAUCCAGGAGGCCAGGAACUGUCUGCAGAAGCUCCAGGAGAAUAUAAGUAGCAAGCUCAUCAGAGAUCCAGGAGAGUCUCACCAUCAACAGGAAAUACAGGUGGUGCUAGAGAGGCCAAAUGGUUUUAGUCCAAGUCCCAUGGCGACACUGUAUAGCAGCCCAGCUGAGGUGGCCACCUAUAUGAAUGAAGAUGUCGAGAGUUUGAGGAAGACGGUGCGGGACUUGCUGGCCAAGCUGCAGGAGGCUGAGCAGCAGCCCCAGGCAGACCAUGUGGCUUUUGAGGUCACACUUCAGAUGAUACCAGAGAGAAGUCGAGCAGAAUCAUGGGGCCCUUCAGAGAUCAGAGGACAGAGCAGAACAGAAAGAGGUGGAAAUCAGAGAGCUGCAGAGGCGCUUGCUCCGGAUGGAGACAGAGCACCAGGCCUUACUGGAGAAGGACAGUCAGGGGAGGAAGCCCUGGAGGAACUUCAGAGCAAGAAUGCUGACUGCCAAGCAGAACAGGAAAGGCUGCUAACCUGGAAAAGGAAGUGGCUGGGUUGCGGGAGAAGAUCCACCACUUGGAUGACAUGCUUAAGAGCCAGCAGCGGAAAGCCCGGCGAAUGA